CAGAGAUCUCCGCUUGUUGAGUUAAUGUAGUAACAGAUAGAAACAGCAGGCUCUCGCUCCGAGCUUGGGACCACUCUGAGAUGGGGCUGAGACACGUGCUUUUCCUGUGGAUUUUAGUUAACAACAAAAGUAAGAGCUCAUCUGACAAGGAUGUCAUCCUGAAUAUUCUCAGUGUCCUCACUGAUCUGCUUUCUCUGGGGACUGGCCGGAGAAUUCACUAUGUGAUCAGCAAAGGGGGCACUGAGGCACUGCUUCAGGCUCUUGCCAUUGCUGCCCGGACUGAGCCUCCUGACCACAGCAUCCUCCUGCCCCUGCUUCGCCUGCUGGCCAGGGUUGGCCAACGAGAUAGGAAGUUUGGGCUGAAAGUGCAGAAAGCAGAAGCAACUGAUAUAAUACUCGGCUUGGCAAGAAGAAAUCUGAGCCAUCACCUGUAUCUCACCCACUGCCUCUGGGUCCUGCGGGUUUGUGCUUCUAAUGUUACCACGGGUACUACACUUGGCACCAAUGGAACCAUGGAGCUGCUUUUCAAAGUCAUCACUCCCUACAGCAAGAGACACGUCAGGACAGUCAGGGCAGCCAUUGAGGCUCUGGCAGCUUUGCUGAAAUCAAAAUCUAACAGCCGACGGGCAGUGAACAAAGGGUACCUGGGUGGAUUGCUGAGACUCUAUCAAGACUGGCAUCACCAUGAUGUCUCCAACAACUACAUUUAUAUUCGUAGGGGUCUCCUGCUCUGCCUAAAGCACAUCACCAAUAUUCAGCUGGGCAGGGAAACAUUCCUUGGUUCCCUGGGUAUGGAGAUUCUCUUCACAAGUGUACAGGACUGUUUAUCUUGCAAAAAUCUGGAUCCUAUCAUAACAACUGCGACUCAGAUUCUGAGAAAGUGCUACCCAAAGGAGCCUCUGCCUGUGGCGACACUAAGAAGUUCCUAUUCCUUCCCUCUUCCUGGCAUCGCUAAGUCUGAAAAUCCUUAUGAGGGGUCUGAAGGUAAAUGGCUGAAUGGUGAUUAUGAAAGUGAUGGAGAGGAAGAGACUGAAAAGGACCUGGAUAAUGAAGAUGUGGAGAGUAAGGAGGAAGAUUAUGAUUUGGAGACAGAUGUGAACAAAUUAAAGACAAGGCCAGUGCUUGACCGGCCAGAGGAAGAGCUUGGACAAUAUGAGGCUAUGUGUCCUGAACUUUCCCAUAAUUUUCAGGAGUUUGAAUCAGAACCUGAGGAAGAGAAGACCUUGGAGGACAAGACUGAGUCCUCUGCUCCCUUUCAUUUCAUUCCAAAUGCUACUUCUGUGAAACAUGCAAACUACAGAUGGAGAAAGCAAAGUGCCACAGAGAUGGGACCAGAUCCAAAGGAAAAGGAUUUCAAAGUCCCACUGCAGAACCUGACGAAAAAGGAGAAAUGCAGAUGGCAUCCGAUUGAUGAAAAGAGAGACAUCAUAAAAGCAGCUCAAGAUGCAGGCUCCUGUGAAGAUGAAGAUAGAGCCAAGAGUCACGCGAUUACUUUGCGUCCUCUCCCAAACGAGGCUGCUUGGUACAAAAAAAUGUUUUACUCUGAAUGUGAGUACUCGAUCAAUCCUAGUCCUGGAGGGAGGCUGGAGAGCUCUGAUGUAGCGACAAAUCUUCUGGAGAAACACCAAGGGGAUAUCCCAUUCCACAGCCCUCGCAUCUACAUAGCUAAGGCAAAAUGUGUUAAAUCCAUACCAGACUACAAAGACUUGGCAUUUCCUGAUUUCUGGGGUCACCAGUCACCUCCUUACAGCAAACCCAUGUUGGAGCGCAAGUAUGGGGUUCAAAGGGACAAAGUAUUGGAUGACGUUCGCCGCUUAAUCCAGCCAGACGAUGUGAUAGGCAGAACUGUGUUUGAUUUGGAUGAGCCCAGUCACUCAAGCCCAAGGCUUCCAGGCUCUCUGACAUUCUUCUCCAAGUUUGAAUCCGGAAACCUUCGCAAAGCCAUCCAAGUGCGUGAGUUUGAGUACGACUUAAUUAUGAAUGCAGAUGUGAACAGCAACCAGCAUCACCAAUGGUUCUACUUUGAAGUCCGUGACAUGAAAUUAGCAGUUCCUUAUCGCUUCAACGUUAUCAACUGUGAGAAGUUCAAUAGCCAAUUUAAUUAUGGCAUGCAGCUGGUCAUAUAUUCAGUGAAGGAAGCACUCCAGGGCAGGCCUCGCUGGCUUCGAGCAGGCUAUGAUAUCUGCUACUACAAAAACCACUACUGCUGCAGUGCAGCUGCAGGAGGAGGCAUGAGCGGAAAAUGCUACUAUACGCUUACCUUCAGUAUCAAGUUCCCUCACAAUGAUGAUGUCUGCUAUCUGGCCUACCAUUACCCCUACACGUACUCCGCAAUGAUGGCCCAUCUUGAUAUCCUGGAACAAAAUAGGAAUCCCAAGAAGGUUUACUGGAGGCAGCAGACGCUCUGCCAGACGCUAGGAGGAAAUCCAUGCCCAUUGCUCACGAUCACUGCCAUGCCAGAGUCUAAAAAAAGAGAUGACUUGGAACAAUUCUACAAUCGCCCUUAUGUAUUUCUAAUGGCCCGUGUUCACCCUGGUGAAAGCAAUGCCAGUUGGGUAAUGAAGGGGACUCUGGAGUUCCUUGUGAGCAGUGAUCCCAUUGCUGAUCUCCUGCGGAAAUGUUUCAUUUUCAAGAUUGUCCCCAUGCUUAAUCCUGAUGGAGUCAUCAAUGGAAACCACCGUUGCUCAUUGAGUGGAGAUGAUCUGAACAGACAGUGGUUGACACCAAAUUCCCAGGUCCAUCCAACUAUUUACCAUGCCAAAGGUCUUCUCUAUUACCUGCGCAGCAUUGGCCGGGCUCCUCUGGUGUUCUGUGACUACCACGGACACUCCCAGAAAAAGAAUGUGUUUCUUUAUGGCUGCAGCAUCAAGGAGACCCUGUGGCAAGCGGGCUGCAUGGUUGACACAGCAGUUAUCACAGAAGAUGUUGGCUACAGGACUCUUCCUAAAAUCCUGGAUAAAGUGGCCCCUGCCUUCGUCAUGAACAGCUGCAGCUUCCUGGUGGAAAAGUCCCGAGAGUCUACAGCCCGGGUGGUAGUGUGGAGGGAAAUCGGUGUGUUGAGGAGUUACACUAUGGAAAGCACAUACUGCGGCUGCAGCCAUGGGCUCUACAAAGGCCUACAGCUAGGAACUCAAGAGCUGGAGGAGAUGGGAAGCAAGCUUUGCCUUGGUUUGCUCAUUCUUCACCUCAAAUCCCUACCCUGCAGCAAGAAGCUGAUGGCUCAGGCAGCACUCCUGCUAGAUCUGGAGGAGGAGAUAACAGACCGGGCACAAAGAAGCUGCAGCAACAGCAGCCUGGAGACUGAUGAUGAACCUCCUUGUGUGGAAGAAAUCGAUUAUAAUACUGACAGUUCCUCUGAUGGUGAAAGGGACUUCUCUGAGUUAGACCAAGAGAUCCAGGAGUGCCUCUCGUGGGCAGAAGGAGAGACAGAAGAUGAAGGACUGACCACAGGACAGUCAUGCAGCUCCAAGGCUCUCAGGGGGCUCUACAUUUCCAGCCAACCAACACCCAACAGUACAGCUCUCCCUCUGCGUUCAACAGCACUUGGGGUAUACAGUGGGUUCGAGAGCAGCCCUGCAUGAACAAGGCUUUGAUUUGCAGAGCAGUAAGCAAAUGGAGUACUGCUCGUGUCCGCUUGUUUGACAGCUUCAGCAUCCUUCUCAGAUGUGUUGCUCCAGUUCCGAAUAUAAAGUUGACUGUAUGUUUGUGUAGUUUGCAUACAUAUAUAUAUAUUGAGAAUGAAUCCUUAUUCUUUGUACACAAAGCAGAGCAAGGAGCCACUGGCCCAGAUGAUGUUAUGUGAGAACAUCACCCAUUCCUAAACAGGAUCCCCAGUUUCACAGCUCCCUCUUGUAUAUGGUUUCAUACCUGAGGAAUGGUCUUCUGAGAUCAAGGAACCAGAGAUGAUUCUCUUUUCCUUACUUUAGGCUCUUAUUAUGGGAAGCAGCCUUCGCCUGGAAGAACAACAGUUAGUGAUGACUUUGGCCAGAGCUCUCCAUUGUCAUUCAUUUCUCUUGAGCUGUAGAGCCUGUAUCUGAUUUCUGUCUGAUCAGAAUUUUUACAGUGUGUUCAACAGGUUGGGUCAGGCUGUGGAUGCUUCUAAGCUGGUCAUAUUUCAGCAACAGCGUGGGAAAUCGAAAGUGCUGUAGUAAGGGAAGUACCAGUGAAAAUACAGAGUGGUCCUCUGGAAACGUGGGCUAGAUUCCCGUCUUUGCUGCACUGGAAUGAAGUAGUCCAGUGUAAUCUCAGCAGAGUCACUUCAUGUUUGAACUGAUUGGCCUAAAUGUAGAAUUUGUUUCACAGAUACUGUGAAAUUGUAUUUUCUCUGUGAGACAUCCAGCUAAGAGAGUACAGAUACAACAGUUCACCUUGGGGAACUUAGAGCUACUAUUUAAAGCCAUUGAGAGCAAGAGAGAUUCAGGGCAUUUAAAGGAGAAAAAGUAUGUUUUCUUGAGGUAGCCAGGGCUCUUCCAAUAUUCUGUCAAUAGAUAAGUGAUGAUGGCAAUAUCGAAGCGAGAAUUUAGCCCAAGCAUCAGCCCUGUGACUGAUUAUUUUUUAUUAUUUUUAAUAUGAUUAGACUAAGGACACCUAGUUUAUGGAUGAGGAUCCCAUUGUGCCAGACAGUAGUAUAGUACAAGAUAGUACUGAUUAUAGACAGGACAUGUUAUACCAGUGACUCCCAUAACAGAGUCAGAACAGCUUCUCCUUUGAUCCACAAAGGAAAGAAAAUCAUCAUUCUCGUAAAAUGGCCUGCAAACACAGAUCCCAGUUCCUGAGAAUCUAAUACAGAGAACCCAUGAGUGUACCUGACACCCCUAAAGCAUGAAACUCCUAUCUUUGCAUCUCAUGCCUCAUAUUGCCUGAACUUCUCAUGUGCUUUAGACUCUGCUGCUACAAAUGAGGAAUUGCCAUGAACUCAAAUGGUACUAAUUACACACAAUCACAGAAUCGUUUAGGUUGCAGGAUGCGAGUCUCCCAACUGCAUCCCUACUUCAUGAGGCUCAAGGAGAAGGAUGAAUACAUAGUGUGUUUUGGUGUUACAGCCUCCAAGGCUUCCAUUAGCAGUGGUUAUUAUUCAUAUUGAUGCAUGACUAAAAGCAUCAUGUCUUCCUCUCAUCUUUAUGCUGUUUGUGGAGAGAAUUCCUGGUGCUGAAUGAGGUUUUCUCUGAUGCACUUCAGAGCACCUUUCCCCAGACUACCUAGACAUAUUUUCCAGCAGUGUCUUGCUCUUUGGAGAAAUAGCUUCUUCCUAUCCUGUUGGGUAUUCAGUACCCAGGUGUUACAAUUUCUCUGUGUCUCUAUCUCUCUCUUUAUGAUGCUGCUCAAAAGAGAGGUAGCGUGGGUCCUUGGAAACUGAGCUUCUUAGACCAAACUAAUUCGUUAGGUAUGGUGUGCAUUCUCUGUACAGUUGUCGUGAUCUGCUUGCUUUAGUGUGCAGCUUGUUGCAUACAAUACUGAAUUUUCAUAAAAGGUUGGCUCACAGAAAUGAACACAAAAGAGGUAAAAUAGGUGUUACUAUCAUAGUAGUUUUUAUAACAUCGUUUGAAAGCUUAUUAAUAAAAAACUAUAUAUCUGCAUAGUUAACUUCAAAAUCUAACAUUUGUAUGCAUGACAAAAAACCUCACACUGUGCUGGGUCCAGACUGCAGCAUACACAGGCCAUGCUAUAAUAUCUUCAGCACUCAGUAUAUCCCAAAGACAGAGGGAAAAAAAACCCAUUGUACAUAGGCAUCUCUAGAUGUGUGUGCAUACGUCCAGAGAUGCUUUUCUCUCCCAUGCUGCUUCCUGAGGCUUUGAGGUUUGAUGAGGUUUGCCGAUGUUACACGUUAUUGCAAAGGAAAAAAAUAAAUAUUAAAUCAGCAUUUUCCUCAAUGAGACACCAAUAUUUUGUCUAUAAACGCUAUAGGCCAGUCUCAGCCAUCUAGCUGUUUCAUUCUGAAUUUCAUAAGCUACGAAGAAGCUCAGUGGGAAAACUGUGCCCUAGUUGUGAUUCAUUGACUCAAUAGACUGCGAAAGAGUUGUUCUAAUAUAAUAAAAGCAGAGAUGUAGCAGCCACAAAUGUUUAGCACCAAAUGUAUAUGAACAGUACUACUGUUUCAUAGAUCCCAGUGCUCAGAGCUGCAGGAGGUAGAGAGAUGGCAAAGGUCUUUAGGGUGUUUUCGGUGUCUGAGAUCCAAGUGCAGCAGCCAAGCGGGAAGUAAAGUGUCCACGUACAUCAACCACACCUGCAUAAAUGCUGCUAUGCAAUAUGAAAAGCCUGAGCAAGACUUCUCCCUGGCGGCUCCCCAUGUUUGUGCCAAUCAGCUCAUCAGCAAGUGGUGAGGAUGCUGCAAAAGGCAAUGCCCGGGUGAACCGCCCAGCCCAAGGGAGCUCAGCCUUCUACUGAGAAGGUGGGAGCAGAGGAAGUACAGCAAGAGGGUUGGGAAUGGCACCUGGAAACCUUCAGCGGAAGCAGUUUUUUGGGCUGCCCCAUUGCUUCCAGGAGCUUCUACCUGGAGCAGAUCCUCUUCUUCUUCUGACAGACCUCUAGAGGUCAGGAGAGGGCCUCCCACUGUUCGCUGCUCUCUCCAUGCCAUUAAAAUUCUCCCUGAGUCAUGGUAAUUAAGCAGAACUAGGCUCUGCACAGAGCAACGGAAGUGCAUUGACUUUAAUAAAACAGAGUGUAAAACAACU